AUGGUUGAGAUAAAGCACGACCCUUCGAAUAGCCCUGGAGUACUGAGUCCCAGCACUCCGGACGAUAGCAAGCAUCGGCUCGUCUAUAGCAAAUCCAAAGUUUACGUGAACCCUACGGCAUACGCUAGAGACAACAUCCCAGGGUUCGUUGCACUUGUCAAGCGGGAAGCAGCGAGUCCAAGCUACCUCCUUGCUUGGAUCCCAGAGACUCUAUUGAACGAAAGGGGCAAGACUGAAUGGGACAAAUUCACGAAGGUCGAGGAGAGUACUGGCGUGGAUGAUGAGGACGAAGAUGCUGUCCUAAUCGACCUUCCAACGCGUCCGGAAUCGUAUGCGUUCUCCGUGCCGAUUACGUCGAUAUACUCCUUGAUUGUGCACUCUCCGUCUUUGUCGUCUUGGUAUGGCUCCAUCUCAAUCAACCUCAUAAACGGAUCUACACUUCCGACACUGUACUUUCAUGAUGACGAGUCCCAUUCGUUCACCACAUCAGCCAAGUCUCCAACAACGGAGAAUCCGCCCAGCACGUCUACAUACCCUCCGCCUCCUUCAGACGCAACACCCGCGCCGAAGUCAGGCGUUUCUUGGGGUGGAGAGGACCUCCUGGGUCGCCUCCGUCACUACGCAAACAUCAUGCGUUCGAAUCUCGAACCAACUUUAUACUUGGUGGAUCCGUCUCGCGAAGACAUGGAGACUCACUCGACGCAACUGUUCUCUGACACGGCUGUUGACGAUAUUCUUGCUCAGUCUUCCUACGCCGACUCUCACUCCCCAGUGCCUGCUCAUCGCCGUCCACGACCCGUCUCCUCUACUCCCAAUCCAUAUUCUGCCCGUUCUUCCGUCUUGCAUCGCUCCCUUCCCUCACCGACCUCGCCAAACGCAGCGUCCUCACAAGCGCGCAUGGCGCUUCUGCAGUCCUUCUCACACAUCACUCGCCACGCCGCCCAUGCGGCUCAGCAAAUCCUCUCGCACCCGCUUGCCAAGCCGAUCGUCCCCCAUUUGCCUGACCCCGUCAGGAGCCUCGUAAACGCGAACGGCGAGUGGGAAUGGGGGAGCUGGGUCGAGAAGGGCGGCGUGGGCGAAUUCGAGAGCGCGCGAGUAUACCUCGCGCGCUGGGCGCGCAUCGUCGCGGAGGAGGGCGAGCGCGCGCGGAGGCGGGAGGCUCAGACGUUGUCCUCGUCGGAGAUGGAACAGGAGUCGUCAGAUCUGGGCGUCUUUGAGCUCUUGCAAAGCACGGCGAACUUGCCCGUCCCGAAGUCGUCGAGGGAGCCGAAGCAUCCAGUGGACGAGAAGAUGUGGGAGAGCUGGUUUGACCAGGAGGGCAGGCCGAAUAUCCGCGUAGAGGAGAUGAAACGCGAGGUCUUCCGGAGAGGGAUCAGUCCGAAGGGAUCAUUGAGGAAAGAGGUUUGGCCAUUCCUCUUGGGCAUCUUCAAAUGGGAUGCCACGGAUGCAGAACGGAGGAAGCAGUGGGAAGAGCGAAGGGCGCAGUAUCACUCGAUCAAGAAUGAGUGGUGGGGUGUCGCGGAAGUCUUCGACCGCGCCGAUGUGCUCGAAGAACGGCAUCGCAUUGACGUUGACUGUCGUCGAACGGACCGUGCCCAACCUCUCUUUGCUGGCACGGCGAAGACCCCGCUGGAUGAAAGCACGGAAGACGAGAAGGGCAUGCACAUGCGCUACUCGAUGAUAUCUCCGCAGCUAUACGACAUCGGGGCGCAGGCACCGACGAACGAACACAUUGAGCGUCUUGGAUCGGUGCUGCUCACGUACAAUUUCUAUGAAAAGGAGCUUGGGUACGUGCAGGGGAUGUCGGACCUAUGUGCCCCCGUGUACGUUGUCAUGGAGGGCGACGAGGAGUUGACGUUCUGGUGCUUCGUGGAGAUAAUGAAUCGCAUGAAGCAGAACUUCCUGCGAGAUCAGAGCGGCAUGCGGAGACAGUUGUCUACUCUACAACAAUUGAUCUCCGUCAUGGACCCAGAGCUCUACCGCCACUUUGAGAAGACGGAUGCACUCAACCUGUUUUUCUGUUUCCGAUGGAUUCUUAUUCACUUCAAACGUGAAUUCCCGUUCGAGGAUGUCCUGCGCUUAUGGGAAGUCAUCUGGACAGACUACUAUAGCAACCACUUCGUUCUCUUCGUCGCGCUGGCUGUUCUCGAAUCCCACCGAGACGUCAUUUUACGCUAUCUCGUCGAGUUCGACGAGAUCCUCAAGUACUGCAACGAGCUCAGCAUGACUAUCGAGCUCGACAGCACACUGGCGCAGGCAGAAGUCCUCUUCCUGUCCUUCGCACAGCUGGUCGCGGACAUAGACAGACGUGCGGCAGAGGUCAAACCCCGAGGUAGCAGUAACGUCCGACGGCGCAACGCCGCCAGCGGGACGGCGGAUGAGAAGUCCGAUUCCAAAGCUACACCGAAACCACCAAUAUUGAGCGACGACCUCCGGGGCCUUCUUGUUGCUGGGCGGUGA